AUGUGCCCGAUAUUCGGGUUAAUUGUCUCAGAAUGGUCCGCUCUGCCGCACGCAUCUCCAUCACCGUGUUUCUUUGUCGCGUGCACCAGCAUCUUCAACUACCUGGUCCUCACCCUCACCGGGCCCCGCCGCUUCCCGUCAUUUUCCGCGCAGGUUUGCUUCAUUUUUUCUUCUCAUAGACGGAGGUCAACAGUCACUGACCGUGAAUUUCACCGGAAUUCGACUUGCUUGCUGUGCGAAAGUGAAAAUAUGGGGAAGAAGAAAGUGAUGCUGCCGGCGGAUGAAGUUGACUUGGCUACUGUGAAGUACCAGUAUGAGAAAAUUGAAGCUCCACAUUUGACUGGAUUUUGGUUGAAUUUCUUUGUGAAACUGCUUGAGGCUCCGCUAAUUGGGUCGUUGAUUGUAUCUCACCUGAAGAAAGAGAAUAAAAUGAUUGAGAUGCUGAGGAAUACAGUGAUACCCGAGGCACCAAUGUUCAAACCUGAGUUUCCACCUCAAGAACCAGAAGCUGAAGUUGUACUUGUGAAUGAGGAUGGGAAGGCUGAAGAAAGAGUUGAAUUAGCGUUGAAGCUUCUUCCAGACUACGACCCCUCCAAGAGUUGGACGGCUGAUUCUUUAUUACCUUUCCGAUAUUGGAAAAUUAGAGAUUAUGCAUAUGCAUACAAAUCUAAGCUCGUGACCCCAUCUAUAGUUGCAGAAAGGUUUAUUUCAGCUAUGGAUGAGUUCAACAAUAAGAAGCCUCCAAUGCCUUUGUUGAUUUCCUAUGAUCCUGAGCUAAUAAGAAAGCAAGCUGCAGCUUCCACCCGAAGGUUCGAGGAAGGGAACCCGAUAUCAGUCCUUGAUGGAAUAUUUGUCGCAAUCAAGGAUGAUAUUGAUUGCUGUCCUCAUCCCUCAAAAGGAGGAACAACUUUCUUCCAUGAGGUUCGUCCUGUGAAAGAGGAUGCAGCGACCGUUGCAAGGUUACGUAGCUGUGGUGUGAUCUUGGUUGGAAAGGCGAAUAUGCAUGAAUUAGGCCUGGGAACAACUGGAAACAAUCCUAAUCAUGGUACAACAAGAAAUCCACAUGCUCCUGAAAGAUAUACUGGUGGAUCAUCUUCAGGCCCAGCAGCAAUUGUUGCUUCUGGAUUGUGUUCAGCUGCAUUAGGAACAGAUGGGGGAGGUUCUGUACGUAUUCCAUCCUCUCUAUGCGGUGUAGUGGGGCUGAAAUCGACAUAUGGAAGAACUGAUAUGAAAGGCUCAAUAUGUGAUUCAGGAACAGUAGAGAUUAUUGGUCCCCUUGCAUCUAGUGUUGAGGAUGCCUUACUUGUGUACGCAGCAAUUUUGGGAUCCUCAAUUGCUGAAAGAAUCUCCAUGAAACCUUCUCUCCCUUGUUUACCCAACUUAACUUCACACAAGGGUCCAGACAUCCUUGGAUCAUUACGACUAGGCAAGUAUACAGAGUGGUUUAAUGAUGUAUUCUCUGCUGAUAUCACCGUUAAGUGUGAGGAUGUUCUAAAUCGUUUAUCCGAAGCACACGGAUGCAAGACAGUGGAGAUUGUUAUACCAGAGCUUCAUGAGAUGCGCACUUCCCACCUUGUUUCAAUUGGCUCUGAGUCAGCUUGUGGCUUGAAUCCUGAUUUUGAGGACGGAAAAAGGGUAAAAUUUACACACGACACUCGGACAAACCUAGCUCUUUUCCAGUCUUUCUCAGCAUCAGAUUAUGUUGCUGCUCAAUGUCUGAGGAGAAGGCAAAUGUACUACCAUACGGAAAUCUUCAAAAAGGUGGAUGUUAUUGUCACUCCUACCACCGGGAUGACAGCGCCUGUCAUACCCCCAGCUUCACUAAGUUCAGGGGAAACAAAUUUUCAAGUUACAGGAAAUCUAAUGCGCUUUGCCGUAACCGCGAAUAUCCUGGGCUUUCCUGCAAUCUCUGUUCCAGUCGGAUAUGACAAGCAGGGACUUCCGAUUGGCCUACAAAUAAUUGGCCGGCCAUGGUGUGAGGCUACAAUUUUACGUUUGGCUGUUGCAGUAGAGGAACUUUGCGGCACACCAAAGAAAAAACCGUCGCAAUUUUACGACAUGUUGAAAGGGAACUGA